AUGCUUCUCCAACUACUGGUUUUACUAGUACCUGCGGCGCUCGGUGAGGAUGUCACACAACGGCAGCUGAAGCCCGUCAAAGGAGUCCCCCAUUCUCGUCUCCAUCUCUACCAAUCCUCCACCACGGAUACCUUCCGAUGCUUAGACGGCUCCCAAACGAUUCUCUACUCCCAACUCAACGAUGAUUACUGUGAUUGUAAAGACGGAAGCGAUGAGCCAGGAACCUCUGCCUGCGGAAACGCCUUCUUCUACUGCUCCAACGUCGGCCACAAGGGAAAUUUCAUCCCAACCAAUCGAGUGAACGACAAACUCUGUGAUUGCUGCGAUGGCUCAGAUGAGUACGAUUCUGGAGUUGAGUGCCCGAACAUUUGCGACGAGUUGGGUCGUGCCGCCCGAAUCGAGCGAGAGAAGAUUGCCAGCGUGGCAAGAAAAGGGUUUCAGAAGCGACAGGAGUUGGCGAAAGAAGGACAAGCGUUGAGAGACUCGAAGCUGAAAGACGUGGAACCUUUGAGACAGGAGAGAGCCAAUAUAGAGCCAGAAAGAGCUAGACUAGAAACGGAGAAGAAGGCAGUGGAGGAGGUCGAGAAGAAGCUUCAGGAUGAGCAUAGAAAUCAAUGGGAGGCAGUGAGAAUUGAGAAGAAGAAGUUGAGAGCUACUGACUGGUUUGAUGAGUUGGAUUUGGAUAAGAGUGGAAAGAUUGAUAGGGAAGAGUUGAGACAGAAUUUGUUCCUGGAUAAUGAUCAUGAUGGAUUUGUCAGUGAGGAUGAGGUCAAGUCCUAUUUGACCAUUGACGAAGCUGACUUUGAACACUUCCAAUCUUCCAUGUACGAUCGCUUGAAGGAGGCUCGGCACCAGCAUCGUGAGGAAAUGAAGUACAAAGAAGAGCAGGAGAAAGAGAAGGCAAAGGCAUUGGAGAACGCUCCAGAUGACGAUGAUCUUCUUGCUGAAGAAGAUAGACACGAAGAAGAAGAAGAAGAUCCAGAAGACGUGAGAGCUCAAGAAGACGACAAGAUGCCAGCCUAUCCACCAGAGAUUAACGAGGCUAGUGAGAAGGCUAGAGAAGCGAGAAGACUGUUCGAUGAGGUUAACGAGAAGGUGCAGGAUCUGGAUGCCAAGAUUCGUGAAGCCGAAGACUUUACGAACUCAGACUACGGAGAGAAUUACGAAUGGGCGGCACUGAAGGACAAGUGUUUCGAUCGAAAUGUGCAACAAUACACCUACCAAUUCUGUCCAUUCGGUCAGAACACUCAAAAGGACGUGGGAGCUUACGGUGGAACUUCGCUGGGAAAUUUCAAGAAUUGGAGUGGUGGCGAGACGAACAAGUACUCGAAAAUGCACUUUGGAGAUGGACAACAGUGUUGGAAUGGGCCGAAGAGAAGUACAGAUAUUUCCAUCGAAUGCGGCGAAGAAAAUGAGCUGGUCGAAGUGACGGAACCUGCGAAAUGCGAGUACCUCUUCACCUUCCGCACACCUCUGGCAUGCACAGAUCCGGAUAAGGAGAUCGUUCAUGAUGAAUUUUAA